AGUUUAAUAUGGGCGCCGUCUGGAAGAGAAUAGCAUCGGGCUGGCAGCUUGUUCGCUGCAUCAGCUAAAUCUGGUGGCGCGGCCGCGGCGUCGAGGCAGGGCAAUAAGGUCGCCGUCGCCACCGCCGUCGCCACCGCCCAUAUCAACAAUUCGCUUGCUGCUGCUGAGUCCGUUCAGGGUGGCCGAGGGGGAGGAGAAGGAGGAGGCGGCCGAGCAGAGCAGCAGCGCGCCGGGGACAAAGAUGGCGGAUUUGUACGCCAAGUACAACUGCACCUACUGCCAGGAGGACAUAUCUGGCCUCCGAGUCAAAUGCGUCGAGUGCACGGACUUCGACCUCUGUCUGCAGUGCUUCUCGGCUGGUGCUGAGAUAGGGCAGCACAAAAAUGACCAUUCCUAUCAAUUCAUGGAUUCUGUCUUUCCCCUUUAG